ACAGAAGACCACUGUUUACUCAGCGUUCUCCUCUAUGUAAUGGGAGGGGGGCUGGCUUGGCGCCCCGCAAAGUUUGGAACCUGCUAGGGCCAAACCCAUUGCAAGUGGGUGAAAAACGAAAGAGAGAGAGAGAGAGAGAGAGAGAGAGAGGAGAGAGAGAGAGAGAGAGGAGAGAGAGAGAGAGAGGGAUGAGCACGCUCUUUCCACCUAAACCUGUGGGGUCAUACUAGCUGGCAGGACGGGACAGAUCCCUUCCAUAAACAGGACAGGGCCAGGGAUACAUGCUCAGAGGGACCUGGGAUUUCAGAGCAGCUACACAGUGCCUGGGAGCUGAAGAAGAAGGAGCAGUAGAAGAUACUCACACUGAUGCACUUGAUUGACUGACUGACUAAAGAAGAUUUAUUUGUUAAAGUGAACAGCAGAGGAGAGAGGGAUGGAUUCUUUUUGCAGUCUCAGUGGGCUAGACCCGCUAUGGGAUUGGAACCGGACAUGGUACACUCCUAACCCAGAUCUGACCCAGUGUUUCCAGAACACAGUGCUGGUGUGGGCCCCCUGCAUCUACCUCUGGGUGUGCGCACCUUUCUAUUUCCUGUACCUCUACUGCCAUGACUGCGGGCACAUCCGCAUGUCCUGCCUUUGUUGCACCAAAGUGGUCCUUGGCUUUGUCCUGGCUUCGUUUGGAUUUGUGGAGUUUUUCUACAUUCUGUUGGAGAGACACAGUGAGAUCCAACAGCACGUGGUGUUCCUGGUCAGCCCUGUGAUUCAAAGCCUUUCUGUGAUGCUGGCGGUCCUGCUUAUCCAGUAUGAACGGAGCCAGGGCUGCCGAUCCUCUGUCUUCCUGUUCAUGUACUGGCUGCUGGCCGUCAUCUGUGCGCUGGUUCCCCUGAGGGCAAAGAUUCAGCUUGCUCUCGAGGAGGGUUUCCCGUCAGACGUUGUGCGUUAUGCAGCAUUUUUCUCCCACUUUGCCCUGCUGCUGGCUGAACUGGUGCUGUCAUGUUUCGCAGACCAACGGCCCUUCUCCACAGAGCCCAUCAAAGAGACAAAUCCUUGUCCAGACCUGGACGCCUCCUUCCUGUCCAAGAUCCUUUUCUGGUGGUUCACUGGGCUGGUGGUUAAAGGCUACAGGAAACCACUGAAGGCAGAAGACCUGUGGUCUCUGAGGAAGGAUGACACAUCUGAGAAGAUCAUCUCUGAUCUGGAGCAGGAGUGGACCAUGGAGUGUGCCAAGCUACAGCAAAAAACAGACUCCCUGUCCCCCACUGCCACACUGGGCUCCAGGAUGCCCGACCAGGCCCAGCUGUUCAGGAAGCUCCAGAAGGAGCAGAGUUCCGGUUUCUGCCUGCUGAGGACGCUAGCGAGGGGGUUUGGCCCUUACUUCCUGUCAGGGACGCUGUGUCUGGUGGUGCACGAUGUCUUCAUGUUUUCCAUCCCCCAGGUACUCAGCUUGCUGCUGGCGUUUAUGAGUGAUGCCGAUGCCCCCCUAUGGAAGGGGUAUUUCUACGCAGCCUUGAUGUUCCUGGUGUCCUGCAUGCAGUCACUCUUCAAUCACCAGUACAUGUACUCCUGCUUCACUGUGGGCAUGAGAGUAAAAACUGCCGUCAUGGGCCUUGUUUAUAGAAAGUCCCUGGUGAUCACCAAUGCUGCCCGCAGGACCUGCACGGUUGGAGAGAUUGUGAACCUGGUCUCUGCCGACACUCAGAAGCUCAUGGACUUUGUGGUCUACUUCAACGCAGUGUGGCUGGCGCCCAUCGAGAUCACCCUGUGUCUGUUCUUCCUCUGGCAGCACUUAGGCCCAUCUGCCUUGGCUGGCAUUGCCACCAUCAUCCUAAUCUUCCCACUGAAUGGCAUUAUUGCCAAGCAGAGAAGCAAGCUACAGGAGGUGCAGAUGAAGCACACAGAUGGCCGAAUCAAGCUGAUGAACGAGAUUCUGAAUGGGAUUAAGAUCCUGAAGUUCUACGCCUGGGAAAAAGCCUUCCUGGAGCGUGUGCUGGGCUACAGGGCCAAGGAACUAAAGGCACUGAAGAAAUCCCAGAUCCUGUACUCCAUCUCCAUCGCCUCGUUCAACUCCUCCACCUUCCUGAUUGCUUUUGUCAUGUUUGGGGUGUACGUGCUGAUUGACGAGAGGAAUGUCCUGGAUGCGCAGAAGGUGUUUGUCUCCAUGGCGCUUAUUAACAUCCUCAAGACACCCCUGAGCCUCCUCCCUUUCUCUAUGAGCACCACCAUGCAGGCCUUGGUCUCUCUGAAGCGUUUGGGCAAAUUUCUUUGCCAAGAGGAACUGAAAUGUGACAGUGUGGACAGGAAGCCCUUGAACCCUGCAGGCAGCAGCGUGCUAGUGGAGAAUGGUACUUUCAGCUGGUCAAGAGAUGGCGCUCCCUGUCUAAAGAGGAUCAGUGUGAAUGUGGCGCAUGGCUCUCUGGUGGCAGUGGUCGGACAUGUAGGCAGUGGGAAAUCUUCUCUACUCUCUGCUCUGCUGGGGGAGAUGGAGAAGAAAAAUGGACGUGUCUCACUGCAGGGCUCGGUGGCCUAUGUGCCCCAGGUGGCGUGGAUCCAGAACGCCACGCUGCGGGACAACAUUGUGUUUGGGCAGGAGAGGAAGGAGCGCUGGUACCAGCAAGUAGUGGAGGCCUGCGCGCUCGUGCCUGACCUGGAGAUCCUGCCUGCGGGGGAUGAGACUGAGAUUGGGGAGAAGGGUUUGAAUCUCUCUGGCGGUCAGAAGCAACGGGUCAGCCUGGCCCGUGCCAUGUACAGGAAGGCUGAUGUGUACCUGCUUGAUGACCCCUUGUCUGCAGUGGAUGCCCACGUGGGUCAGCACAUCUUCGAGAAAGUCAUCGGACCCAAAGGGGUGCUGCGGGACAGGACCCGGCUGCUGGUGACCCACGGGCUGGGCUACCUCCCGCAGGUGGAUCUGAUCCUGGUGCUGGUGGAUGGGGAGAUCACAGAGAUGGGCUCCUAUGAGGAGCUGCUGAACCGACAAGGCGCCUUCGCCGAGUUCAUCCACGCCUACGCCAGCACGGAGUGCAAGGAGAGCACUGUUCACAAAGGUACCAGAAAGUCAUCCUUAAGGCUCAGUGUGACCGACUACAUGCCCGUCCUCAGGGACCUCUCCCAAGAGCAGAUUGUCAGCGGAGACACAGGCAGCAUCAGCCUGCAGAACGUGGAGCCCAGCUCCGAGACUGACCAGCCUCAGGCUGCAGAGGAUGCUGGGAAACUAACACAGGCCGACAGAGCCAAGACUGGGAGAGUGAAGAUGGCCAUCUACAUGGAAUACUUCAAGACCAUCGGCUUGGCCCUCAUCCUUCCUAUCAUCUUCCUAUACGUCUUCCAGCAAGCCGCCUCUAUCUCCUAUAAUUACUGGCUCAGCAUGUGGGCAGAUGAUCCUAUUGUCAAUGGGACGCAGCUGGACACCGAUUUUAAAUUGGGCAUCUAUGGAGCGCUGGGCUUCGCACAAGGCAUCGCUAUCUUUGGCACCACGGUGGCUAUCUCUGUAGGUGGGAUCAUUGCAUCCCACCACCUCCACCAGGACCUGCUGCACAACAUGCUGCACUCGCCCAUGAGCUUCUUCGAGCGCACGCCCAGUGGGAACCUGCUCAACCGCUUCUCCAAGGAGAUGGACGCCAUCGACUGCAUGAUCCCAGACGGCCUCAAAAUGAUGCUGGGCUACCUGUUCAAGCUGCUGGAGAUCUGCAUCAUCGUGCUCCUGGCCACGCCCAUCACCGCCGUCAUCAUCCUACCACUAGGGCUAUUCUAUGGGUUCAUCCAGGUAGGCAGGGGGCGCUCUUUGGGGAUGCCAGACCAAGAGGGAGAGCUGGAGGCAAUGCUGAACAUUGCAUUGUUACGUUACAGUGGUUGACUUCUCCCUAUUGCAAGUUU